CCGCCCCCGCCGCCGAGCGGCUGGGGAUAAAGUGGCGGCGCAGACGCCGCGCCCUAUCGCUGCGCAGCCGGCCGCGCGCAGUAGUCUGGCUCUAGCCCGCCGCAGACCCGGACCCGCGUGGUGCUCGGGGAACGUGACAGCGGCGCUCGUGGCCCGGGUAACUGCCUCCCGCCCCUGCCUCAGGAUAGGAGCCGCCGCCAGGGGUCCCCUGCGCGCGUGUGCGUGCGCACGAGUGUGCGCGCGUGUCAGCGUGUGCGCGUGAACGCGCCCCUCGCGCCCUCGCACCAACCCCCAAACAGACUUGUGCCCGUCAACUGCAUCUUCCCAGACCGGUGUGGGAACAACGGCCAGGUCCACGUCCUGUGUGGCGUGCCGAUGACAGCCGCGAGGUUUCCUUCCCUAAGCGGUCGCGGGCGGGCAAGAGGCAAAGUUUGUCGGAGAAUCGGGGUGACUUUGCUCGGGGACCCGCAUCUGCGCGAAUGCGCGGUGCCGCGGAGCGCGUCUCGCAGCAGCUCCGGGCUGGGGACCGGCUGUCCCUCGCUCCCGGAACCCCUUCAGGGGUGUGUUCUGGAAAAGUGGCGACAUGAGCUAGAGCUGGAGCAGCAGGAGGGAGCAACUCGCACCCCUGCAGCCCAGGCGGGGAGGGCGCGGACCCCGUGGUGCUGCCCUGCGGCCGCGAUGAGGGAACAGCCCUCGUUUGCCUGGCGCUGAUACUCGAGGCUGUGGCGGUAGUGGAAUGCAAAAGCCAAGACUAAUGGAAACAGGGCCUAAAGACCCCUGCAGGAUGCCUGAGGCAAGUUCACCCAGGCGAACUCCACAGAAUGUUCCCUACCAGGACCUGCCUCACCUGGUCAAUGCAGACGGACAGUACCUCUUUUGUAGAUACUGGAAGCCCAGUGGCACACCCAAGGCCCUCAUCUUUGUGUCCCAUGGAGCUGGGGAACACUGUGGCCGUUAUGAUGAGCUGGCUCAUAUGUUGAAGGGGCUGGACAUGCUGGUAUUUGCCCAUGACCAUGUUGGCCAUGGGCAGAGUGAGGGAGAGAGGAUGGUGGUGUCGGACUUCCAAGUUUUUGUCAGAGAUGUGCUGCAACACGUGGACACCAUCCAGAAGGACUACCCCGACGUCCCCAUCUUCCUCCUGGGCCACUCCAUGGGCGGUGCCAUCUCCAUCCUAGUGGCUGCAGAGAGGCCAACCUACUUUUCUGGCAUGGUCCUGAUUUCACCUCUGGUCCUUGCCAAUCCGGAAUCUGCAUCGACUUUGAAGGACAAAUUGCACAUCACGAAGACCUCUCUUGAGAAGGCUGCCGAAGUGUCAGUGACUUGGAUCCCGUAUGCUUUCCACCUGUGGGUCCUUGCUGCCAAACUGCUCAAUUUUGUCCUGCCAAAUAUGACCUUGGGGCGCAUUGACUCCAGCGUGCUGUCUCGGAACAAGUCGGAGGUUGACCUGUACAACUCUGACCCACUCGUCUGCCGAGCAGGGCUGAAGGUGUGCUUUGGCAUACAGCUGCUGAAUGCCGUCGCAAGAGUGGAGCGAGCAAUGCCCAGGCUGACACUGCCAUUCCUGCUGCUGCAGGGUUCUGCUGACCGGCUUUGCGACAGCAAAGGUGCCUACCUGCUCAUGGAAUCAUCCCGGAGUCAGGACAAAACACUCAAGAUGUAUGAAGGUGCCUAUCACGUCCUCCACAGGGAGCUUCCGGAAGUGACCAACUCCGUCCUCCAUGAAGUAAACUCGUGGGUGUCUCACAGGAUAGCAGCAGCAGGAGCUGGGUGUCCACCCUGAACAUGCUGGCCAGGCAACCAGCUCAUGGUCUGGGGGGAGGCAGGCAGAGGAAGGGCAGUGCUGGCUGGCUCAAAAAAAAAAAAAAAAAUCACAAAUUGGAGGAACCCUUAGUACCCUAGUGCAACUUGCUUUGGGAAAAAAAAAAAGGAUCAUUUGUCAUAUAGAUGGCUACUGGCCACUGAUCUACUACCUUAAGGAGCAGGCACUUUAUGAAGGAGGGAGUAUAUUUUCUACACAGAGACUGUGUGGAAAUAUCCUUUGAAUUAAAAAAAAAAAAAAAAAAAAAAAGCAAAGCAGCAUUGCCCACCUCUCCCAGCUCCUGUGGGGUUCGGGGACUCUCUGGCAGUCCCAGAUCCCAGUCUGCAAUAAUCAGAGGUCUCUUUCCUCCUGAACCAAGUCCUCUCUGACUGGCUGUCCUCUGGCAUAUGAUGAGGUGGCCUGUAUCCCCACAGCUAGCUCCCUAGCAGGCUCAUGUGCCCCUCCAAGGCACUUCCUCAAAACGGGCAACUACCCUAUGACCUGGUCAGCGACUUUUCAGAUGGAAGCCAGGCUGGGGGAAGGGAAGGUGGCCCCAAAUAGCUCUUCUCCCCCACACAACUCCCCCCUCCCACCCUGCUGGGAGUUUGGUCACCCACAGCAUGUUGUAUGUAUUUAGAAAGGCACCUUUUCUCAGGUCACUAAGUACUCCAUGCUGAGGAGGGUGGCUUUGAAGAUAAUUGUUUAAUAUAUAUAUGGUAUAUUCUAAAUUAAAGAUUAUAUGGGUGGGUGGGUAAAGCCUAGGCGGCUUUGGAGGAACCAGUACCCCCACACAGGGUCGGUCUGCCGAGGACCCAGCCCCCUAAUUGAGGACUAGUUGGCUCUCCUGGCAGAGAAGACACAGGGUGGAGGACUGUGGCCCUGGGUGGUCCCUCUGUCCAGAGCCACUAGGAGUUGCUUGCCAGUAGCACAGCUACCUCUGGUGGUAGGAGAGACUCCCAUGGAGCCACCACGGUGCUGGCUGCCUGCCAGGGGCAGCACAGAGCACUUCAAUGACUACCGGCAGACAAGGACCACAGCUGUCUGCACCCCAUGCCAGACUGCAGCAGGAUGGCCCAGCCAGGCCUCAGAGAGGCUCCCCUGAAGCAGUGAAACCCAAGCCCCCUGUCCUCUCAGGUGCCCGCCUGAAGGCCUCCCCCAGGCCUCACUUAGCGCCAGCAAUAACUGGGGCUCACUGCUCUCUUGGAGCACUCACUGCUCUCCUGGAGCACUUCUAUCUUUACGGAGGGCCUUGCUGUUACCUCAGGAGUCCUGUCGAUGCAUGUAGAACCCUGGAAAGGGGCACUGCUGCCAAGGAGAGCUGCCUGGCUGCUGGAAGGGGUGGGUGGGCCUCCAGGAAGGUGGGAUCCAAGUGUCCUUUCUGGAGUUGAUUCUAGGUCCUGGGAAGGGCCCUCUGCCCCCUCUGGUGACCCUGACCAUGCAUAGCAGUCAGAGGCUGGCCACCUACUAUAGGUCAUAAGGUCACUGUGCCCCUCAACAGGGCCCAAGCACUGCAUGCAGGGAAGGAAGGGCCCAGGAGCUGUCCAGAGCCCCCUCUUAGCUCUCCUUCUGUUUAGAAAAUGAAGACAGAAAGAGUGUGGGAAGAGGGGCAGCCAGCACUCCCUCCUGCUCAGGGAACCCUGGACAGCAGUGGACGGGCAUGGGGUAUUUUGGCUCUCCAUUAAGUUAAAACCAUUCCAGACUACUGUGCUCAGAUCUGUGACUCUCACCAGGAGCCACCCAAGGCUGCUCCCAAAAGCACACUGACAAUGCCACUUUUCCAAACCAAACGCCAGCUGGCGGCUUUCAUGCAUGACAUCAUUUAGAGAUGCAUUUGUAUCUGGUUAAAGAACCACUAACACUAAAACCCAGGGGUGGGAUGAUCAGAAGUUAAGACUGUCUUGUGAAGCCUGUAAGAGUCAUGUUAAGAGUCAUGUCCCUGCAUGACAGCACCGGGGCUCCCUCUGUAGAGAGCUAGGCCAGUCUCGUCAGACUCCGCCCCUGUCACUGGAGGAAGCCUGACCAGCAGGGCUUCACAGUCACCCCCAUCACCACAGGAUGCAGAGGAAUUGGGGUACGGAAAAAAUGCUAGGACACACAAGGCUCGGCCUGAAGAAGGUGGAAGCCAGCAAGAAACCGCCGAUGGUCCUCCCCCGGGUGAAGGAGGGGAGCCAGAACCCGCAAGAACAGAGCAUCUGUGGGCUUUUCCAACAACCAUGGACUUAGGGCCUGAAAAGCUUUUUAGAAGGUGCCACCUGCAGGCAGUGGAACAUCUCAACCACUAAGCCCCAGUUCCUUAGAGAUAGGGGAACAGCCUCCCUCCACCAUGUGAGCAUCGGGGGAGUGCUCUGCUCACAUCCUGCCUCUGGGCCACCUCACACUUCCCUUUCUCUCCUGAUUGCUAAUGUAACUUUCUAAGGAUCACAGUGGGUCACUGGUUUGUCACUGUCACUGCGCCCAGUCACUCCCCACGUAUACUCCUAGUGGGGAACCUGUAUCGGCUUAGAAUUACUAAAGAAGCCAAUGUGCACUACAGCUCACCGUAAUAAAAACCACGUGCUUUUGGAGA